AUCCCCCAAAGUCUCAUAGCCAACUACUGUGAGUUGGUCAGUGCCAAUCCUCGCUCUCGUCCGAACCCAGCCAAGUUUAUCGAAAACUGUCGACAGAAGGGAGGCUUCAUGAGGAAUACCUUCGUGGAUUCCAUGAUGUUUCUAGAGGAGAUUCAGAUCAAAGACCAGGCAGAAAAGAACAAAUUUUUUGCCAGCCUGACACCGUCACUGGACACCUUCCCGUCACAGUUCUGUCGCAACAAAAUCCUGCCCCAGUUGCUCAAUGCCUUUGAAUAUGGAAAUGCAGGCUCUUCAAUUCUUGCUCCCAUGUUUAAGAUUGGAAAGCUCUUGGAUACAGAUGAGUAUCAACGAAAAAUAGUCCCGUGUGUGGUGAAACUGUUCUCGUCUCCCGACAGGGCAACCAGGGUGAAACUACUUCAGCAGGUGGAGUUCUUCAUAGAACACCUACAGAGUGAUGUCGUCAAUGAGAAGAUCUUUCCCAACAUAAAUACUGGCUUCAUGGACACCAAUCCUGUGGUUCGGGAGAGCACAAUCAAGGCCAUGCUUCACCUGGCUUCAAAAUUGAACUACAAGAACUUGAACGAAGAGCUGAUGAAGCAGUUUGCCAGACUCCAGGCCAAAGAUGAUCAGGGAGGUAUUCGAACAAACACCACAGUCUGCCUGGGAAAAAUUGCUGGAUACAUCAAUCCUAGCAUUCGACAAAAAAUCCUGUGCUCAGCUUUCGUGCGGGCACUGAAAGACCCCUUCCCUCCAGCCAGGCAGGCUGGGAUCUUGGGAAUGGCGGCCACCCAGAGUUUCUACAGUCUCUCUGAGGUGGCUCAGAGGUUGCUUCCUGCACUGUGUACUGUCACUAGGGACCCAGACAAGGGAGUCAGAGAUCAGGCAUUCCGAACAAUCAAGGGAUUUCUGGCCAAGCUAGAGAAGGUCUCGGAGCAUCCAGAGUUGGAGGAGGAAUAUGAGAAAGAAGUCAUGUCUGGUUCUGUUGGCUCCGCAUCUGCUUCAGGAUGGGCAGGGUGGGCUGUGACCGGAGUCUCCUCCCUGACCUCCAAAAUCUACAACAAAGCUACAACAAAGAAUCCUGGGAAACCAACAGCACCUGCUCAACAGUUGUCUGAGGACAAACUGGCACAACGGCAAGCUUCCCUGGACAUGCCAGUUGCUCCUGCAGCUACAGCUGCCCUCUCACAAGUUGGAACUGUUGAUCGGGAGGAAGUUGAGGGAACUGGCGAUGGAUGGGAGGAAGAUGACUGGGGCGAUCUUGAUGUAGCUGGCAAGACUGAAGGCGAAGACAAAGUGGCAGGUGAUGGCUGGGAUGAGGAAGACGACUGGGGUAGUCUGGAGGAAACUAGUCAGGCAAAGGUGGCUACACAGUCUUCCCCACAGACAGGUCAGAGAACAAAACUAACUCCCAAACCUGAAGAGUUUGUCUCCACAAAGGGUUCUGGUCUACCUACAACAGAUUCUUACGACUGGGGGAUGGGUGGGAGAGGAGAUGAGUUCUUCACAUCACUAGCGAGUUCUGGAAGAACAAAGUCAAGCACUCCUGCUAGAGAAACUCCACCUCGUGAAUCAGCAGCCAAGUUGUCCUCACCGGGACAGUCUGCUUCAGCAGCUGGUAGAAAAUCUGGCGAUGAUGGAUGGAGUGAAGGAGGAGGUGUAGGCUGGGAUGAUGGUGGUGGCUGGGGCGGUGAUGGUUGGAAUGAUACUGAAGAUUUUGGGAAUGCUGCAGAAUCUGAGGCUGAUCGAAUGAAGCGAGAAAGAGAUGAGAAAAAGAAGCAACGACAGAAGGAAAUGCAGGAGAAGAGAGAAGCUAGGAAAGCUGGUGGAGCCAUGAAAUUGGGAGUCAAAAAGGUCACAGACUUUUCCGAUUUGACGUGA